AUGGCCCGUUUUUCGCAGAUGGCGGUGGCGGCAGCAUUGCAGGCCGUAUCCCACUCCGGACUGGACAUCAAAUGCGAAGACCCAUACCGCGUCGGGGUGCUACUUGGCAACGGGAACGGCGGGUUCCCAACCCUCGAAGAGAAUUGCCGCAUCCUCGCCACCAAAGGCGGCAUGCGCAUUUCACCGUAUUUCUUCCCCAUGGUCUUACCCAACAUGGCAGCGGCCAAUGUCAGCCAAUAUGUCGGCGCCCACGGCUUUAAUUCCACAUCUACCACUGCCUGCGCCGCAUCCAAUAACGCCAUCGGUGAGGCUUUGCAGAUCAUCCGACACGGAAUCGCCGACGUCAUGUUCACCGGCGGCGCCGAGGCCGGAAUCAGUCAGUUGGGAUUGGCCGGUUUCGCCGUCAUGCGCGCCCUGAGCACCAGGAACGAAGAACCCCAACGCGCCAGUCGGCCUUUCGACGCCCACCGGGACGGAUUUGUUCCUUCAGAGGGCGCCGGGGUAUUGGUGCUGGAAGAAAUGGCACGGGCUCAAUCCCGGGGCGCCACCAUCCUGUGCGAACUGGUCGGUUUCGGAGCGACUUCCGAUGCCGGUCACCUGGUUCAACCCCAGGAAACCGGAGCCAGCGCCGCUCGCGCCAUGUCAGAUGCCCUUAACAACGCCGGCCUCACUCCAGCGGACAUCUCGUACAUCAACGCCCACGGCACCUCCACUCCACUGAACGACGCUGUAGAAACCACCGCCAUCAAACUCCUGCUCAAGGAUCGCGUCUACCAGGUUCCUAUCAGUAGCACCAAAAGCAUGAUUGGUCACUCAUUGGGUGCGUCGGGCGCGUUGGAAGCCAUCGCCUGCGUGCAGACCAUAACCCACCAGGUAAUCCAUCCCACGGUUAACUACGAAUGGCCGGAUCCGGAAUGCGACUUGGACUACGUGCGGAAUCAGUCCCGGGACGCCAAGGUAGAUGUGGUGCUGUCUAACGCCUUCGGAUUCGGCGGUCAGAACGCGUGCCUGGUGUUCCGUCCCUUCGAGCCGUGA